UGUGCUACCCGGUGCUCGGGUUUCCCCAUUUCAUCCAGGUUAGAAGUGCAGCAACCACUCAUGGACCCAGUCUGAGCAACCUGUUUGAACUGGGUUGGCCAAUCCCAUCCCUCCCAGCCUGGUGACCUCUGCUCCUGGAGGCUCACCAUAUUGUUCCUGCACAUGGUCUGGACACCUGAUGAGUCUAGCGCUCUGAAGCUCAGAACUCCCUAGCUUGGGAGAGCUACCAGCCUCAGCCUCUCCAGUAUUAUGCUAUACGGGCCUGAGUCCAGGAAUACCAGUCUGUGAAGAAUUCAAGUUGUCAUUUACUCAAAGGGCAAUGGAGAGGUACAUGGUGGGCAUGAGUAUAGACUGUAAUCUAUGACCAGCAAAGAGAUUCCCAGGAGAACCAGCAUAAAGGAUGUCAUCAGGGAGCUGUACAGUGACAGAAGGAGGAGGAGUCCUGGUGUCCAGACCUGAUGUGGUCUCCACUCUGGUUUGAGGGGAAAUGCCUUAUGUCCAGCACAUACAGGGACCUGAGGAUGGAGAAUGCUAACAAUGUAGGCCCUGCCCAGGUUUUCACCCUGUGUCCAGAUGGGGAAUGCAGGACCCUGGAAGACAGCAGCCAUGCCCCCAGUAGCCAAGUCCCAGGUGCUAGUACUGAAUUCUGGGAGAACUCUGUAUUUUUGGCCCAAACCAUCGUUCCCCAGCUCCCUCUCUCGUUAGAAGGGUUUCCAGUUUCAAAACCUGACCUGGCCUCCCAGAUGGAUAGAGGUGAAAGGCUGUGCAUCCAGAACCUUCAGGGAAUGGAGGACAGAGAGGUCCUGAAAGGUGCUUAUCCAGACUAUGAGAUGGAGACUGAAAACAAGGAGGUUAUUCCAAAGCAGGAAAUUUCUGAAGAAGAUGAAUUCAAGGGCAUGUUGUGGGCAGGACUGCAAAGGACUGUUCCCCAGGAGCCUGAGCUUAAAGAAGCCUGUGACUCUAAGGACAAUUUAGAGGAGCACAAGGGAAGGGUAGUGUGGAUGAGACUGAGACAGUCUCCUCCUUCCCAAGGGGGUGUCCGUAAAGAAGAGGGAGGAUGUGAAUAUACCAAGUGUGAAAAAAGCUGUGAUUUGAGCUCAGCCCCUGUUACAAGUUGUAUAGAAACUAUAGGAGAAGGAUCCCAGAGAAGUGAUUUAUAUGAUAAAAGCUUCGGACAGGAUUCAGAGCCUCUAACCCAUCAGAAUGUUAAUAAUGAAAAAAAACCCUACGAAUGUAGUGAAUGUGACAAAGCCUUUAGCCGGCGUUCCUACUUUAUUGAACAUCAAAGGAUUCAUAGUGGUGAGAAGCCGUAUGAUUGUAGUGAAUGUGGCAAAGCCUUCAGGUGGUAUUCAGAUGUUGUCUCACAUCAGAGAAUUCACCGUGGAGAGAAACCUUACCAAUGUAAUGAUUGUGGCAAGGCAUUCAGGAAGAGCUCAGAUCUCAUCCAACAUCGGCGGGUUCAUAGUGGGGAGAAGCCCUAUGAAUGUAGUCAUUGUGGCAAAGUCUUUGGUCGAAGCUCCAGCCUUAUUCGGCAUCAAAGAAUUCAUAGUGGAGAGAAACCCUAUGAAUGUAGUGCUUGUGGGAAGGCAUUCAGAGAUAUCUCUACUUUUAUUAACCAUCAGAAAAUUCAUAGUGGAGAGAAACCCUACGAAUGUGAUGAAUGUGGCAAAGCCUUCAGUCGGAGCUCAAGCCUUAUUGAACAUCAGAGAAUUCACAGUGGAGAGAAGCCCUAUGAAUGUAACGAAUGUGGCAAAGCCUUCAGGUGGUGCUCAGACCUGGUUCCACAUCUCAGAAUUCAUAGUGGGGAGAAACCUUUUGAAUGUAAUGAAUGUAAGAAAUCCUUUAGGAAGAGCUCAGAUCUUAUUUUGCAUCAGAGGAUUCAUAGUGGAGAGAAGCCCUAUGAAUGUAAUCAGUGUGGGAAGGCCUUUAGGAAGAGAUCUGAUCUAAUUCAGCAUCAUAGAAUUCAUAGUGGAGAGAAACCUUUUAAAUGUAAUGAAUGUGAGAAAGCUUUUAGGACACGGUCAGACCUCGUUCAGCAUCUGAGAAUUCAUAGUGAUGAGAAACCUUAUGAAUGUAAUGAAUGUGGGAAAGCCUUCAGGCAGAACUCAGACCUUAUUCAGCACCAGAGAAUUCAUAGUGGAGAAAAGCCCUAUGAGUGCAACAAAUGUGAGAAGGUCUUCUGUCGAAAUUCAAGUCUCAUUCGACAUCAGAGGACUCACAACAGAGAUUAAUUUUCAGGGUGUUACUAUCCCCUGUCCAUACUAGGGACUUAGAGGACAGGACUUCAGUCUGCAUAACUUCCUUCUUGUAACAGAUGAUAAAGGUUGUUUGUGUGACUGAUUGAUCUAUAUUAUAGAGUGAGGGAACAAGGUUGUCGAAAAUUAAUGUUUACUACGAGUUAUCCUUGGCUUUAUUAACUUUCAGAAUGGCCUCUCAGGUCAGGGACCGAAAUGGAAGAGGGUGAAUGGACACCCCAAGGAAUUUCCUACACUCAUCACUUGUGCUGUCUGCUGUACCCAAAGGGUAAAGGGUAUGGGGUGGGGGCAUCUUCCUUUUAGGCCAUGGCCUGUUCCUUAAUCCUUUUCAGCACCUCUCUUCCAUAAUGACUUUUUUUUUUACAAUUUGGCACAUUUACAAUACUGUCCUUAGCUAUCUAUUUAGAGCAUGUGAAUCUGUUUUUAUUAGAGUAUAAGGAGCACUGAUCAGCCAGCCGUAUGUGGGCAGGAGCCUGUGGAGUUCAGAGUCCAAACUCAAGGACAAUUUCCUGCUCCCCAUAUAAGCAGAACUAAUUUUCAUAGAUCCCCCAGUCCUUGAGGGAAAUUAGAGCAUUCUUUCGAACACCCUCCAUCCCAACACAUAGACACAUAAACUUUCCGAUUGAAAUAACCCUACAAUCAACUAACUGACCCCCUCUGUUCCCCACAUCCAGAACUCUUUUCUAGGCAUCCAGCCCAGCUUAAUUUUUUGCUUUACUCUAUCUUGGCUCCUCACUUUUGCAUUAAAUUAAAUUUUGUGUAUGAUGGUGCAUAUCUGUGGAGAUGGUGGUGGUGAUGGGGACACACAAUCUAGAUUCAUUUGGGUUAGGGAAUUCUCACUGGGGAGAAGGAAGUAGAGCAGCUGGGGCUAAGGAUGGGGAGAGCCCACUGAAAGGGGGUAGAGAGGAUGACCAGAGCACAGUAGUGGGUAGGGAAGAGUGUCCCCAGCCAGCCUCUUUCCGCUCAUCUGGGCCUGGAAUGGGAAGCACCUCUCCUUAAGGCCUAACUGGUGCCACCUCCAUGAAGCCUUCCCUUAGUGAGCUUUGCUUCAGAUUCCUCCUAGCACUUUGCUUGCACUUCUCCUUUGCACUUGUUUCACUCCACCUUGUAUGAUUUUUGUGGUAUUUGCGUCCUUAUUGUGAACUCCUUGAGAGUAGGGUC